AUGACGGAAGCUCCCACUAGUUGGCUACAGAACCUUGGCAUUGCCAUUGAGGUCGCUUGCCCAACUCUGGCACUCAUUGCGAUAAGUUUGCGACUCUACAUCAGAAUUGAUACGAAGACCUUCGGCUGGGAUGACGCCUGCAUAUGUGUCGCGAUGGCUCUCUCAAUUGCCCUAGCUAUCGGAUCCAUUAUAUGUAUGAAAGAGCUCUACAUAGGCAUUCACUAUUGGGACGUUCCCUUGCCCAUGAACCCGACGACAGGAAUGAUCUGGAUCUACAUUGUCGGCGCUGUCUACAAUCCGAUUCUCGCACUGGUCAAACAGUCUGUCCUCAUCUUCCUGAUCCGUUUCUCUGGUGUCAAAGACGUAGUGAGAUACGUUGUCUGGGCAACAGCUACAUUUAAUCUCGCGCUCAUGAUCGCCACCUUUGUUGCUGUCAUUUUUCAAUGCACGCCCAUUGAGAAGAACUGGAAACCGACCUUGGCAGGGAGUUGCCUUGAGCAAUUCUCGUUCGGAAUAUCGACUGCAUGCUUGACUAUUCUGACAGAUCUUGUCUCUGUUGGUCUCCCAUUUUACAUCUUCCUGGGCUUGAAGAUGCAGAAGAAAAGGAAGAUUGGGCUGAUGAUUGUUUUCAUGCUCGGAAUCAUGUCUGCAACCUUUGUUACAGCCGCGAGCGUCAUUCGUCUCUACUUCCUUGCCAAAAACUUCACCGACAAGAGUCUCGAUGCGAACUUUUCCCUUGGUUUCUGUGUUUCCUCCAUUGAGUGUAACUUGGCCAUCAUGACAGCAUCUGCACCAGCUCUUUGGCCUCUUAUUCGACGAUGGAUGCCUCAGCUGAAGUCUUCCAAGGACCAAGGUUAUUAUGAGCACCAGUAUCACACUGGUCAACAAGGAUGGAUUAGGACAGGUGAUGGCCGCGAAGGCGCGUCUUCAAAUGCCAACGGGGACAUCGGUCUGAGAGGUAUCAACAUCAGGUACACCAAGACUGAAGCCCAUUUCAGCGGCUCUUUUGCUCGAGAAUCGGACGAGGAGUUGAUGAAAGGUACUGGUAUCAUGCGAACAACCAACUUCGAGGUCACACACGAUGACGAUGACCCACGGAGUGUGGCACAAUAA